GUCUGGGUAACAGGGUCUAUUGAAGGUGAAAAUGGCAGAUGAUGUGAUAGAUCUGCAAGUUUGGAAGGGGGACUGGGGUUUACCCACAGUUGACCCUGCUUGUUUGUCAACUUUGUCAUAUUGUAGGUUUUCUGGAGUUCCUGUAAAAUUACGAAAAACUGGUAAUCCAUGGAGAUCUCCCUCAGGUGAACUGCCAAUAAUGAAACACAGAAAUGUAACAGAAACAAAGGUCUCAGAAAUAUUUAGUUAUUUAAGAAAGCAGAAUUAUGGUUGUGAUUUUGCUUUAUCAAAUAAACAGAGUGCUGAUGCUGUAGCAUUUUCUUCCAUGUUGGAGGAGAAGCUCUUGCCUGCCAUCCUGCAUCUUUGGUGGAUCGAUGGUAAAACUUUUGUUGAUUUUACUCGCCCAUGGUACACUAAAGUUCUUCCUUUUCCACUCAAUUUCUUCAUACCUGGUCAAAAACAGAAACAAGCAUCAUUGAGAGUAUAUUUAACAAAAGGGGGUACUAAUGUUAGUGAUACAGAGCUGGAAGCUAAGAUCUAUAAAGAAGCAAAAGAGUGCAUGAAUCUUCUGGCUUACAGACUAGGAAAACAAGAAUAUUUCUUUGGCAGCUCGCCAUCAUCUUUAGAUGCACUAGUAUUUGGUUAUCUUGCACCAAUCUUAAAAGCACCACUACCCAAUAAUCAACUACAGAACCAUCUAAAAAUGUGUGAUAAUUUGUGCAGUUUAUGUAACAGAAUAUUACUUAGAUAUUUCCCUCCAGAUCCUGAAGAAGGAGCAAAAAAGAAGAAAGCAGAAGCCUCAAAAUCUCAAUCAUCCUCGGAUCUCCAAGAGUUUCCAAACAAAAAACGCAAUAUGGUAUUAGCUGCCAUCUUUGCUCUAACUGCCAUGGCUGGUUACGCUCUCUUGAGUGGAAUAAUACAAAUUGAUAUUGUAGAUGACAGUAAUUCUACUUCCGAUAAAACCAAUAGUACUAGUAGUUAUUUUUCAAAACCACAGACUUAUAAUAAUGAACCAGUUUUUGAGGAUAACGAUGGUUAUGAUGAUGAGUAGUCCAAAUGGAUGGUUUGUGAAGAUAUUUAUCAGUGAUCUGUAUAAAUGACAUAUUGUAUAAACAAAACCACUUUGAUAUGUUUACUAUCCAUCAAGGUGGGCUAAACAACAAAAUAUAUCCUAGAAUUUCACAUUGUGAUAAAGGUUGGUCCAGCAGUUGAUUUUCAAUCUUCAUUUCGCUAUUUUUCACAGAUUUAAUUUCAAACAAAUGGACAAAUACCUUUGUGAAAAGAUUUGGUUUCAACAAACUUUAAAUUGGUUGUAACAUUUUGAAAGCAAUAUAUAGUCAAGUUAUAUGCAUUUAUCAUGCUGUGUGUGAUUAAAGUUAAACUUAUUCCUUAAAAUUUAAUUCUUUCUAUUAAUAUUGACUCUUAUCACUCUCAAAUAGAAAAUAUAGUACAGGUAUUAGCUAAGUGAAAUUCUUUAUAGAUUGAUGAACUGGAUCAGAUAUUCUGCAUAGGAAGCAUAAUCUUUGUCAAGUUAUAUGCAUUUAUCAUGCUGUGUGUGAUUAAAGUUAAACUUAUUCCUUAAAAUUUAAUUCAUUCUAUUAAUAUUGACUCUUAUCACUCUCAAAUAGAAAAUAUAGUACAGGUAUUAGCUAAGUGAAAUUCUUUAUAGAUUGAUGAACUGGAUCAGAUAUUCUGCAUAGGAAGCAUAAUCUUUGUCUCAUGGACUACACUGUUAAUUGCUAUAAUAUUUUAAUAUACUGUUUGGUGUUAUAAUUUUAGUUGAAAUUACAUUAAAGUCCAUGGAUUGGUAGUCAAUUAAAAUACCUUCUUCAAUUAUGAUAUUUUAUUAUAUAUUAUGUGUAUUGAAUGUAAUUUAAAAUAUAUAUAAAGUUAUUUUAUGACAA